AAGAAUCCUCUUCGCGCGAAACGAACUCGCUCUCCAAUUAUCCCAUAACUUUAUUCACACGAACGUCCUAAAGACGUCCUAUCAAUAUCUUUAGGAGGUCUGUACCAUAUGGGAUAUUUGUUAAUAAAUCGACUUGUUACGAUCGACGAAUGAAAAAAAAAAAAGAAAUGAAAUCUUUUACCGGCUGCCGGGGUGGUCCAAAGACGGAUGACGGAUGAGGGUUGGGGGUGAGAGUGAACGACCUCUCGCAUCGCAAAUUCUGUGAUCGCGAUCCCCGGCGAGUACCCGAUCGAGGUGACGGAGGAGAGAAACGGAAACACGUACGCCAAGUGCGAUCCCCGGCCAGGAUAUCCGCGUGCGUGUUUGAAUCGAUGCGUGAUUUAAUCAGCGCAUCACAUGGUACCGCGGUGUCCGGCAACGGAGAAUAGAUCGUGGUAUCGCUGAUGUGCAUCAAUCACUCUGCUCUCGUGUGUUAUCUUGUUUGUGUCAAACACCGGUGGUGCACGCAGUUGAUCGGGUGAUCGGAGUCGAGUACAGCUUGAUACACGGAAUUGUAAAGCUCUGUCCGAAAUUCGCGCAUUAUUGCAGGAAACGGGCCGAGAACAUUGUGGCGAGGUUCGAAUCACGUGUCAAUCCUACCAAUAUACCUAUGGCGACCAUGAGCAACAGCAAUGGAUCAACGAUGCAGAUUAACACUCGACCUGACGACAUCCGAAAGCGGAUUAUUGGAUCUGAUGAUAGUGGGUCAGGAGAUCAGGCGACAACAUGCGGGAACAUCUUGGUGAUAUUAUCAUGGAUUGUUGUAAUACUGACAAUGCCAUUUUCUCUCUUUGUUUGUUUCAAGGUUGUACAAGAAUAUGAAAGAGCCGUUAUAUUUCGAUUGGGACGUCUCCUAUCGGGCGGUGCUAAGGGUCCCGGAAUCUUUUUCAUCCUACCAUGUGUGGACAAUUACGCGCGCGUUGAUUUGCGAACACGAACAUAUGAUGUGCCACCACAAGAGGUCUUGACGAAGGACAGCGUUACAGUUUCCGUUGAUGCAGUAGUUUAUUAUCGCGUUAAUAACGCGACCAUUUCAAUUGCGAAUGUAGAAAACGCCCAUCAUAGUACGAGACUACUGGCUCAAACAACCUUGAGGAAUACCAUGGGGACACGACCUCUCCACGAAAUAUUGAGCGAGCGGGAAACAAUCUCUGGAAACAUGCAGGCUGCCCUAGACGAAGCCACUGAUACGUGGGGAAUAAAAGUAGAACGAGUCGAAAUUAAAGAUGUACGAUUACCUGUUCAACUGCAGCGAGCAAUGGCGGCGGAAGCCGAAGCUGCACGUGAAGCACGCGCUAAAGUGAUUGCCGCAGAAGGAGAACAGAAGGCCAGCAGAGCUCUACGAGAAGCGUCGGAAGUCAUCGGCGAUUCACCAGCUGCUUUGCAACUCCGUUAUUUGCAGACACUGAAUACGAUAUCAGCUGAGAAGAACUCUACCAUUGUGUUCCCGCUACCAAUUGAUAUGAUGACAUAUUUCUUGAAAGCAUUGCCAAAGGAAUAAUUGCGUGAAAGAAAGAGAGAGAAAAGAAGAAAUUGUGCGCUUCGCAAGAUAUAAUUACUAGAAAGAGGAAUAACAAUUUCCCCGAGGUUGUUUGGAGGGAUUUUGUUUGGCGAUUUAUUCAUAUAUCCGACACGCUUGCGUAUUACAUCUUAAUGAUAAAGAGUUGCCAAUAUUUGACCAAUAUCUGUGACAAUUUUAAAUUUAACAGGCUGUAAAGUGAUUACUUACAAAACGUUGCAUACACGAUUGUGAUUUUGUCGCACAUAAUUAACCCAAAGAGUUCUAUACGGCUUAGACUGAAACACAUAUAUUUUUGGAAACUCUUAUAGGAUUAUUUUAUACGUUUACAUGUUAUAAGGAGUAGUAUAGCAAAAUUUAUAGCAUGUGGAAUAAUUAAUAGAAUAUAAUUGAAUGACGUCAAUUUUUACAUACAUUCGAUUCUGUUUUUAGCACGGCAAUAAUUUCACUUGCGUCAGACAUACAUUUGUAAUUAAAAUUUAAAUAGUGAAAAAUACAUAAUGAUUGAGAAUCUUAAUUAAUCCGUUCAUCACAAAUCCCGUACUGCCACUAAUGCCAGAUUUAUACAAUAUACGAUUGACCUUACGACGUUAAUCAAUCGAUCAGUAUAAACAAAAUUUAUUUAGCACAUUAUUUCUUCAAGAUAAAUGUCAAAAAGUUUCUUUUAUCUUAUCCGUUUUGUAAUAUGCCACAACAUUUUCAUCUAUUAUUACUUAACAAUCAACAAUAAAAAUUGUUUAAAUCUUGCCUAUUUCGCUUAUGGUGCUAUAUAAAUUACAUUUUAUCAAAUAAAAAAAUUCAUAUUUAACAAUAUCUAUUCUUUGAUAAUUUUCCACUUUGAUCAUGUGGUGCUAUUUAAACGCUUACCACUAAUAUUGAUAAUAUUGCCAAGAGCGCACUCAAGUGUUAAGAAUAAUUAAUUUUACAGUCGCUAUAUAGAAAUAUAAUAUUUAUACUUUAGCGGUCUGUGUGCAUGUAAUAAUUGCUUGGUCCAACAUCGGCAACUCUUGCUAGCGAUAUUUAUAUACAUUGUUUAUUCAAUCAUCAAUACUUUGAUACUCUCACGGUUAUCUUGUAAAAAGAAAAGAAAAAAUUAUGGAAUAUAUAUAUAUAGACGAUCUCGAAGAACGUUCAGUAUUAUUUAUUCAAUAAAAUACAAAAUUUAAUUGGAUAAGUGGCUAUUCGCUAAGAGCACAUAGAAUAAUUAAACAAUAAUCAAAUCAUCGAAGAAUAGUUGUGCAUCUAAUAACAUUUUCGCUUAGUAAAUUUGAUCAGAAAUAUAUCCUUUGACUUCUUCAUUUUAUAUCUUUAUUGUAAAUACUUUCAAUAUUCGUAGUUAAGGGGGAUCAAGUUGUCACGUGUUAGCAUUAGAUCUUCAGAUACAAAUUAUAUACUAAAUUAUAUACUAAAUUGAAUAAAACGAUGGAAAAAUUA